AUGGCUUCUCCUCCUCCGGAACUCAUCAAAUUAGCUGCGCAAUAUGUCCUCACAUGGCCCUCGUGCAUUCAACCGGAUGCAAUCAAGGGCAUGAUUGCCAGCGGGUGUCCUUCUGAUCCAAAGUGUUUCUGCGAAGACAAGAUAUUUCGUCUCGAGCUGCUGGCUGGCAUCACAACAAACUGCACUGCAGCUGAUAUGCUCACAACGCAAAGUCUCGCCAAGGAGCUCUGUCCCGUCCUAGACGAAAGCCGAGAGGCCACAGUCAUUGCAGUUUUGGUCGUCAUUACUCUGCUGGCACUCGUCUUGGUAGCUCUGCGCAUUGUCUCCAGGAAGAUCGGACAUGUCAAGUUUUGGUGGGAUGAUUAUCUGAUUUUCUUCGUCAUGUUGGUCACCCUAGGUGAAACAGCGAACAUCUUGAGCGGAGUAGUUAACGGCAUGGGGAAGCAUAUCGUGACACUUGGUGCUUCGCACAUGACGGGGUUUCUCAAGAACUUCUGGAUCACGCAAGUCCUCUUCGCUUUCUCAAUGACGGGACUGAAGAUGUCCAUCCUCCUAUUCUAUCGCCGGCUCUUUACGGGACGCCCGAUGGCUUUCACUCUGAUUCUCGCCGGAUGUUUCAACCUAGCCUGGUUUGUCGCUCAAUUUGUCUCCGUCAUGGUCUCCUGCCGACCUCUGGCCUACUUCUGGGACAAAGCUAUCCCUCACGGUAGAUGCAUCGACGAGAACCUAGCGAGUUAUUUAAUCACGGGCGUCAGCCUGCUCAUGGACGUCAUCAUCUUCUUGAUACCAAUCCCUCCACUUUGGGGCUUGAAAAAAUCGUUGGCACAACGCCUAAGUCUCAUCGGACUCUUUCUAGCCGGUGCUCUCGUAUGCGUAGCAGGAGCGGUCCGCAUCCCUUUCCUUGUAGAGUUGGAUCUCACCGACAUCACGUGGUCCGUCGUCCCCGCCGGUCUCUGGAUCCAAGUAGAGGUCAAAGUCGGCAUAGUCUGCGCCUGCCUUCCUACCUUGCCGCCACUGUUCCGCCGCGUGCGUCAAUACCUGCUUCUCCUCAGCAGCGGCAGUGGCAACAGCGAACGUUCGCCCUCCUCGGGUGACAAAAACGGCGGAAGUGUCGUCGUCGCGGUUGAUGAUGCCAGGAAUGGCGACGCGAGUCCGGACCGGGAGGGCAGGGGCAGGAAGCAGCAGGGCUGGUAUUCGCAAAUGCUGAAUAGCUUGAGCAACAAGAGUGCAGAGGGACGAACGGAGAGUCGAGAGGAGAUUUUUGAGGUUCACGAGAGGAAGUUUUCUGAUGACUCCGUUUGA